GCCAACGCCACCCUCGCCAAGGACAGAGCCAAACUACAAGCCCAUCAUGAUGUCAUCCCUCGUUCUCAACAAAAGACUAUCAUUCCCUCUAGAAAAAAUAGACCAGUAAAGAAUUUCCUUAGUUUCAUUUCUUCUAGUGAGCCUUGCGAAGCCACUCCUUCGACACUGCAUGUUCCUGUUGAAUCAUCUUCCUUACCUACCCUAACAAUCGAUCUAACACUCCUUCCUGAUCAUGCCCCUGCUUCUGUCGAUCCACAAGCUGACAUCGAGGCUUUGGUUCCUCUUCCCGAACCCGCUACAGAUGAGAUUCCUAUUGCCACUCCGGUUAUUUCUUCACCACCUUGGCCAGCUGAUGCCAAGCCCGAGGAGUAUUUGACCAAGAAGAGACGAAUGGAGACCCAUCCUGCCCCUGAACGGUUCCUCGUAUUUCUGCUUGUUUAA